CCGCGCGCGGAACGGUCGUUGGAUUCACAGCUUGUGACCGUUAGGAAGCAGCUCAGCAUAUCCGUCCCAUUCGUUACCAAAAUGUCCGUCUUUCAAACGAGUUAAAAUUGCUCAAAAUACAUGUAUAUAUUUCAACUUUUAUCAUCGUCGUUUAACGUCUAACGGAGUAGUGAACCGACUUUACCGGGGGGAAGGUUGACGGUGUAACACCACACCUGAGAAGAAGACGCCGCUCGCAUCUCUCAUCACAGUGAAUUUCUUUUAGCUCAAUUCUUCGUCAACUAAUUUCUAUUUUAAACCACGUAAAUGAGUCGCAGGGGAGACAGUGAUGAUGACAGCUGCGGUAAACGGAAGGUCGCGUAUGUUUACAGCCCGGAAUACAUCGAGACUUGCGACAGUUUAUCCAAAGUGCCAAACCGGGCGAGUAUGGUCCACUCACUGAUAGAAGCCUAUGGACUCCUUAAACACAUGAGCACCGUUAAACCUCAAGUGGCCACCAUAGAGGACAUGGCCAAGUUCCACACAGACUCUUACCUGGAGCAUCUUCACAAGAUCAGCCAGGAUGGAGACAACGAUGACCCCCAGUCAGUCGACUACGGCUUGGGUUAUGACUGUCCAGUGGUGGAGGGGAUAUAUGACUAUGCAGCAGCAGUAGGGGGCGCUACACUGACAGCAGCCCAGUGUCUGCUGGACCAAAAGUGUGACGUGGCUAUCAACUGGGCAGGAGGGUGGCACCAUGCCAAGAAGGAUGAGGCAUCAGGUUUCUGUUAUGUGAAUGAUGCUGUGUUGGGCAUCCUCAAACUGAGGGAGAAAUACGAGAGGGUCCUCUAUGUAGACGUUGACCUGCAUCAUGGAGAUGGUGUGGAAGAUGCCUUCAGCUUCACAUCCAAAGUCAUGACCGUCUCCCUGCACAAGUUCUCUCCUGGAUUCUUCCCAGGUACGGGUGACCUGUGUGACACGGGGCUGGGUAAAGGCCGUUGGUACGCCGUGAACGUCCCGCUGGAGGACGGCAUCAAGGAUGACCGAUACUACCAGAUUUUUACCAGAGUAAUGCAGGAAGUGCGUGCACAGUUUAACCCGGAGGCGUUGGUCAUGCAGCUAGGUGCCGACACCAUGGCGGGCGACCCCAUGUGCUCCUUUAACAUGACCCCAGUGGGGGUGGGCAAGUGUCUGCAGCAUGUCUUGGAGUGGCAGCUACCUACACUGCUGCUGGGAGGAGGAGGUUAUAACCUGGCUAAUACGGCUCGUUGUUGGACCUACCUGACGGCAGCGGUUCUGGGAAAGACUCUCUCCUCUGAGAUACCAGACCACGAGUUUUUUACAGAGUAUGGACCGGACUACUCGCUGGAGAUAAGCCCAAGCUGUCGACCAGACCGCAACGAUGCCAAACACCUGGACCAGGUCAUCAGCACCAUCAAAGGGAAUUUAAAGAAUGUGGUUUAGGAGUCGGCAGCCUCAGCCUCCUCCACACACACACACACACACACACACACAC